AUCAUUCAUAGGUAAAUGUGAUAUUGAUGUUGUACUGCUGUUUAUUUACAGGGGAAAAAAUUCUCCAAAAACAAACGUUAAGCUUCACCUUAUUUUCUCCUAUAAUGGAAAAGCUCAACACUACACAUCCGUAUAACAGCACUGAUCUGGGUGCAGAUAAAUUAAUCAACACUACACAGAACGUGGUGACAUACUCCAUCUCAAAGAAAGCUGUGCUCUUCCUCAAAGGCCUGCUGGUCACACGUAUCAUGCCCUCUUUCUACAUCCUCCUCUUCCUCAUUAGUUUGCCCUUAAACGCAUUGGCCCUGGUGACGUUCACCUGUAAGAUUAAAGAAAAGAAACCGGCUGUGAUUUACAUGUCAAACCUGGCGUGUGUGGAUCUGCUCUUCACCCUGCUGCUUCCUUUGAAGAUCCACUAUCAUCUGAACGGAUCUGAUUGGGUGUUUGGUGAGGUGGCGUGUCGCGUGUUAAGCGCUGCUUUCUACUGCUACAUGUACUGCUCCAUACUGCUGAUGAUGUGUAUAAGUGUGGACAGACUGCUGGCUGUGGUUUUCCCCAUCGCCUCUCUGGCCUGGAGGACAACGAGGAAUUCUGCUUACGUUUGUGUGUUGGUCUGGUUGCUGGCACUCGCUGGUACAGUGCCACUUCUCUCUAUAACGCAAACAUUGGACAUCAAACAUGUGGGCAUGACCUGCCAUGAUACAUUGCGUCAUGGAGACAAUAAAGAUCAGAUGUACAUGCACCUGUUCUCCAUUCUGUCCUGUCUUUACAUCUUCCUGCCGCUGGUCAUCACUUUGGCGUGUUACUCUAGAAUUAUAUAUGCACUCAGUGUUAAAUCUGGUCGUUUAGCAACAUCAUCAUCAACCUCAAAUAAACGAAUAAGAGCCGUGAUUAUGACUAUUGCCACAAUGAUAGAGUUUGUGGUUUGUUUUGCAGCAAGUAAUGCAAUCUUGUUGUAUCACUGUGUUGUUUUGAUCACAGGAGGCACCAGAGGAGAGGGAAACGCAUCAUAUAUGGCUUACAUGUUAGCUGUGUGUGCAGGGAGCUCAAGUGUUUUUCUGGAUCCUCUGCUGUAUUAUUAUGGGUCGUCUCAGUGCAGACAGCAGAUCAGAUCUGUGUUUUGGUGGAAGAAAACAAAAAGAGCUACAAAGUUAUCAAACACUCCUGAGCUGUGCAUAUAAAGAGAACUGUGUUGAUGUGUGAAGCGCUGAUUAAACACAUAGUUUGCAUUAUUUAUUUCAUAAUUGGACGUUAAUUUAGUAUAUGCUACAUGUAAUCCUCUUUGUAAUGAAUGCUGGCUUCAUGAUAACACAAGCAUCUAAAAGUUAAACAACUAAGCAACUUAUAAUGUGUGCGUACCCUGUAAAACAAGGUCUAUAAAAUAUAAAGCAUGUUCAGUUAUUAUGCUCAAUGUCAGAAAUAUUCAAAUUGUGUAAAUUAAAGAAUAUUUUAGGAUGUAUUCAUUUAAAUCAAAUACAUAUAUCACAAAAUGUAAUUGCCUACGUUAAGCAACAUUAAAGAAUAAUGUUAAAAAACAUAUCAUCCCUAACUGUUGUUGUUGUUGUUAAAUAAAUUUCACAUCAAUAUUUGGUUUCAUGUCACUGAAAAAUAAGUCUUUACUGUCCUAAUGUGUACAUCCACAAGUUCCCAAAAUUAUGAUGUAGGCCUACAGCAUCUCUCUUGCCUGCCAGCAGGGCGUACCACUAAGUGUGUGACAACACAUGAAAACUACAAAAAGGAUGGCUUAAGGGUGAGUAAAACAUGUGCUAAUUUUCAGUGUAGGAUCCAUUAUACAGUAUGCUGUUACGACACGCGAUUUUAGACGCAAAGAUCAUGUCCAAAUGAAAGGGUGCGUCAUAUCCUCUGUAUAAGGAGGGGGCAGGCGAUAUAGAUGAGGUGGGGGCUUGGCAAUAGAUGUGUAUCCACCGAGAGGCAACCUUCCGAUCUCUCUGAUGAAGCCAAUACGGAAGUGAUUUAAACUGCAAUACAUCGACUGGCCGCUAGAGGCUGGCGCCAAAAGGGAGUAAAUUUCCAAAGACCUCUGUGUUAAAAUGCCCAACUUUACAGUAGAAAAUAAUAUGUUUACGGCCUGGUAUAAAAAUUGUUUUGGGUCUGUAUAGCUAAUUUUGCCCUUCAUGACAGCAUUAAAUCUUCAAAAUAUAUGGUCAUGCGGCACAUCGUUGGAAAGCUUAGACUUUGGAGAUUCCAUUAAGCGCACACACAAAGCAUAAUAUGAUUUUUAGCAGUCAUAAAACUGUAAUCUAGUUAUUAGUUACCUGAACCGGGCGGCGCCGAUUUUGGAUAUUUACUUACCUUCAAAAUCUUCCCUUUAUCUGCUUCGGUGAAAUUGUCCAAAACAAAUUGUUCAUAAAUCCCCAAAAGUCCAAGGAAAUGGAAUAUCCAAGCCUUUUAAUCCAAAACGAUUUGUUCAUCUCACAAUCUUGACGUUUCUGACCAAAUUACGAUAUAAAUAGUGUAUACAAUUAGUUCACUAACGGACAUUCGUUCGAAUCUCACUUUAUUCACAAUUUAUAAUGAAUAUAUUCGGAUGUCAUGUUUAUUGUGCAACGUCUGAGGAACAAAUACGCCCCCUUGUGGAUUUUCAGCCAUUCCAUAAGAGGUUAAUCAAAAACGCAAAUCUCCUCCACUUCUCAAAACAAUCUCUCUUUACUUCUGGUCAAAUAUAUGGCAGGUGGGCGGUGUCCAGGAGAAGAUCGCUGCGAUUAGCAAUUAGCAACACGGCCAACCUGAUCUCACGAAUGUCCGUGGCAUAGUCACGGAAUUUUGUGCUCUUUUUUCCGUGGCAUUCUCACGGAUCUCCGCAUUUUUCCGUGGCCCUGCUACGGACUGUCUUUUUCCAUGGCAUUCUCACGGAUUGGUUACUCAACUGUUUUGUCCAAACGAUCCAAUCAGAUCUCGAUAGACAAAUUCAAAACCAGCCCUGCCUUAUUUCAUUUCAGAUGUCGAUUUCACUCGGAUAUACGUCACCACGUGGAAAAUAAGGCAAUCGCUACUUCCGUUUCAUGGCGACUUUAAAGUUCUGCAUAAUUAAGGGCGUGGCCACUUGAGUGGCAGUUGAACAGCCACUGCCGUCUCUAGAGUUGAGCUAGGCGGGGCGUGGUUUCAGCAACCAGUCACCUCAGCUUCACCCACGUCCUCCUCUUUACCCAUUUUCGGAUAUCCGCGAGUGAUGCAUGGUGACUCGCGGCCAAGAUGGCGACGGCAGGCACCGCCUACUUUAAGCUUAAAAAACGAUCUUCAGAAACCUAUGGGUGACGUCACGGACACUA